AUUUAAAAGACAUUUUAUCUUCAACUUAGGGUUUAAGACUCAGUUAUCGGCGGCAGCCAACUUCUCCCGGCAGCUGUUCAAAUCGGAAAACCGCCAAAAUGGCAAGAGGGUUGAAGAAACAUUUGAAGAGGCUCAAUGCGCCGAAGCAUUGGAUGCUUGAUAAGCUUGGUGGGGCCUUUGCUCCCAAGCCUUCUUCUGGUCCACAUAAAUCAAGGGAGUGUUUGCCAUUGAUUAUUAUCCUCAGGAACAGACUGAAAUAUGCUUUGACAUACCGUGAGGUCAUCUCAAUUUUGAUGCAACGACAAGUUAUGGUUGAUGGGAAAGUUAGGACUGAUAAGACUUACCCUGCUGGUUUCAUGGAUGUUGUUUCCAUUCCAAAGACAAAUGAGAACUUCCGAUUGCUUUAUGACACUAAGGGUCGCUUUCGUCUCCACUCACUCAGGGAUGAGGAAGCAAAGUUCAAACUUUGUAAGGUUCGAUCGGUGCAGUUUGGACAGAAGGGGAUUCCAUAUCUCAACACUUAUGAUGGAAGAACAAUUCGCUACCCAGAUCCCCUCAUCAAGGCCAAUGACACCAUUAAGCUGGACUUAGAAUCCAAUAAAAUUGUCGACUUCAUCAAAUUUGAUGUUGGAAAUGUGGUCAUGGUGACUGGUGGUAGAAACAGGGGACGUGUUGGAGUUAUUAAAAACAGGGAGAAGCAUAAGGGUAGCUUUGAGACUGUUCACAUUCAGGAUGCCUUGGGGCACGAGUUUGCUACCCGCUUGGGAAAUGUAUUCACUCUUGGUAAAGGUACUAAGCCAUGGGUAUCUCUUCCUAAAGGAAAAGGUAUCAAGUUAUCUAUCAUUGAAGAGGCUCGCAAGAGGCUGGCUGCUCAAUCAGCUACAGCUGCUUAAAAACUCUUUAGUUGAGCUUAGAUAAAUUUAGCAGGUUGGACCAUGUUUCUCUUUGUUUAGAGAUACCAAUCUUAUGUGCUGUGCUAAAUUUAACAUCUGUGUACCCGGUACUGUUGCACCUAGCUUUUUUGUUAGGAAAACUGAUUUAUGAUCGAUUUGCUUUCUAUGAAUUUGAACUGGAUAUGGUCACUACAUCCUUCUAUAGUUCCAUUGGCAUCAAGUUUGGUGUCACUUAAA